AUGAGUAGCGAGGAGCCGAUAAAGUGGACGAAUAUAAAGAGGAAGGAUAAUCGGACUAGGGCACCAAAUGAAGGGGUGUAUGCUAGACCCCAGGCAAGGGCUGUGAGGAGGAGGAAGAAGGAAAGGAGAUUUGAACACCUUCUUAGGCGCUAUAAGCAGCGAUGUCAUUUCCCAGAUGGCCAUUUCGAAGUCCAUCUGUGGGAAUUUAAAUAA